AUGGCCAUGGCAGCUGCAAGCUUUGUGACAGUUAAGCAACCCACAUCUUUGCCUUGCACAUCUGCAGGUGCAGGUCCAAGAGUGAGGGCUACAUUAUCCCUGCCAGUCUUGGCCCCAAAGACUGCCUCUUCUCCACCCAAGCUUGAAAACAACCACUACUUCUCUAAGAGCACAAGACAGCUGGGCCGGGAUCGGACCACCGCGUUUCCGCUAGGGAACGAGAACGACCCUGUGCUCAUGGCCAAGCUCCAUGAGGUGGCCGACGUUGUUGCCGAUAGGGCGGAGAUGCAUGCUAAUUUAGCCGAGCAGAGGAACAAUUGGAACACUCUUCUUCUCAACUCCACCAAUUCGAUUACCCUUGCGGCCGCCACAAUGGCGGCCCUCGCCUCAUUUCCCAGCUCCCAUCUCUCGCUCGCCCUCUCCUCCACAGUCCUCUACUCGGCAGCCACCGCAAUGGUGUGCCUGACUAGCAAGAUCCAGCCUUCUCAAUUAUCAGAGGAGCAGAGGAAUGCCGCCCGCCUCUUCAAGAGCCUCCACAUACACAUCCACUCCACUCUGAGCCUUCACCCGUCUCUCCGCCCGGAGCUCUCUCAAUUUCUGGAGGACGCCAUGGAGCAAGUGUUGGCCCUCGACAGAGCCUAUCCCCUGCCAUUGCUCCCCGGCAUGCUCGAAAAGUUCCCCUCCGAGGUGAAGCCCACGGUGUGGUGGCCCAAGAGAGCUGCUCCUCCUCCUCCUCCUCCUCCCCCUCCUAAAACAGAGGCGGCUGUGAAUAAUAAUAAUGGAUGGAGCAAUGAUAUGGAGACGGAGAUGGCAGAGGUGGCGCGCGUGCUGAGGGAGAGGGACACUGCAGAGUACGUGAGGCUGAGCAAGCUGGUUCUGAACUGCAACAGGGUCAUGGCCGUCGCUGGGCCUGUUCUGAUGGCCGCUGCAUCGGUAGGGUCGGCACUUGGGGGCUCAGCUACCGUGGGGGCGGUGGUGGCCGGCGCAUUGGCGUGCAUUGUCAACAGCUUCAGCCAUGGUGGUCAGGUGGGGAUGGUGUUCGAGAUGUACAGGAACAACGCCGGCUUCUACCAGUUACUUGAGGAAUCGCUGUUGUCUUCGCUCAGCAAGCCUCCGGCUGAGAGGGAGCACGCGGAGGUGGUGGAGACGAGGCUCGCCCUUCAACUCGGGCGGAGCCUCUCAUCUCUGCGCAACUUGGCCUCCUCCCCUUCUUCUUCUAAGGGCCCAAAAGAGUUUGGGAGCAAGCUCUUCUAA